UCUAGGUUUGUGGCAAGCAAUGGCGCCCAUUGCGAGCUCUGGCGAGCGAUUCUUGUGCUGCUGGAGCGCUGCUGCGUGCCAUUCGGAUUAUCUCCAGGUGAAAAGAGUGAGCUUCAAGCCUCCCGGGACCGAAGCCACCAUUUUAAACAACGUGAGCUUCUCGCUUCCCGAAAAGAGGCUAGGAUUGAUCACUGGAAGAAGCGGUAGUGGCAAGACAACAUUGCUUCAGAUGUUAGCCGGCCUGGCGUCGCCCACACAAGGCUCCAUCGUUUUAGGCGGCACAAAAGGGGACACCACAGUCAGCCUCACAGCCAAAGUGGGCCUGGUUUUCCAGUUUCCUGAGAGGUACUUUCUCACGGAUUCCAUCCUGGAAGAGCUAAGCUUCGGGUGGCCAAGCAAAAAAGAGGACUUUUUCUCCAGACAACUGCUAGCAAUGCGCGUGCAAGCCGCUGUAGCUGCCACUGGUCUCGCCAGCAUAUCUUGGAACACCAAUCCUCGAGCUUUGAGCGAUGGAUUCAAGCGACGAUUAGCACUCGCUGUGCAACUGGUCCGCAUGCCAGAGCUGCUGCUGCUGGAUGAGCCGCUCGCUGGCCUGGAUUGGCAAUCACGAUCCGAGAUAGUGAAGCUUCUGAACAACUUGAAGAAGGAGAGGACGUUGCUCGUUGUGAGCCAUGAUCUGCGAGAGCUGAUUCCACUGGUGGACAAGGCGUGGGUUAUGGAUAUGGGUGGGACUUUGGUUGAGCAGCUAAAUUCUACUCUCUAGUUCGUGGAAUGUUACUCUUAAGAUAAAACUAUACACUAACCGAUCAAGCCAGUGAGGCUGGAUGGGCAAUUAAAAGUUUUUAGUAUUGCAA